AUGUGUACACCAAAAAAAGCACCUAGAGUAGAAAAAAUAUUUAUGCAUACUAGUGCUUUAUUAUUAAAUCAAUUACCAUAUAAAUUGAGAGAUAUUGAUGUCUCUUUAAUUUCGUGUGAUAUUGGUGGAUCUAUUUUUUAGAAUACAUUACUUGACACCGAUGCUAGUAUUAAUAUAUUACUUACAAGUAUUUGUGAUAAAUUUAAUAUUGAUGAUUGACGCAACAAUCGUUGUAUAGUAAAACAUGCAAAUUUAAAAUUUAUAAAACUAAAAAAAUAUGAAUUUUCAAAUAUUUAGAAGUAUUUCUGAACAAAUAUAUCAAUUAUAAUUCAAUAUAAUUUGUAAAAAUAGUGGUAAUGUCGAUCAUAGGGAUAUAAUAUAAUAUCAGGUAAAUAUUCAGAAAUUUUCUCAAAGAAUAUUAUUUUUUAUAAAUUUUACACUAGGAAAUGAACAUGACAUAUAUUUAAAAUUCACGAAAAAAAAUAAGGGUGCGAAUGUCAGAAUGAUGUCGACGCCUGAUGAACGCGAACAAACAAAAAUAGAGUUCUACUUGGCAAUUCUUACAUAAGUGAUUACAGAUGAUUUAAAUGAUCAAAUUAAGAUCCAUAAAAGUUAAAAGAAUUGUGAUUGAAUCUGUAAGUACAGCUUGAUAAAUUUAAAUCAUACAAAUUAUCACUAAGUGAAGUAGAAAUUAAGUUGAAAGCAAGAAAAUAGAGUUCCGAUGUCACGGCGGCAAUGCAUUAGUGAUGCACUAGAAUCUUGAGCAUUUGGAAGGAUUGUCAUUUAGUUUCCAUGGCCUUAAAAACUCUCUUUGGACAAGGACAAUAUAGACAAUCUCUAGAUCUCUUUACAAAGUCUAGAGAUCAAUCAAAUAGGUUAUCGAAUGAUCUCUAGUGGCUGUCACUCAGCGGAGCAGAAAAGCGGCGACUUUGUGGCUCUCUAGCGGCUGUCACCCGACGGAGACAAGCUAGAUGGAGGUGGGGCACAUGUUAGGGAGCUUCAUUCUCAGGUUUGCAUAGCAAAAGAAGGCUCUUCAUCACAUCCGGUAUGCUCUCAAGAGGUGGCAAUUCAUCUCCCACAUAGCAAGUUCCUUUCUCCCAUGUGUACGACCACUCCUUGUCCCAUAGUUGGCUGGCCACCGGUGACGUGGAAAGAGAGUGACGCACAUGUGCCCCUAAUAGUCCUAGCCGCUCGAGCCCCUACUCAUGACUCCUCCCCGACUACGCUUCUGACCUGCUUGUAG